ACUUUAUAAAGUGCACAUGCCCUCAAAGAGGGGUCUUCACAGGUCCGCGAAAAAUACAGUCAGCAAAAUGGUCGUCUGGGCAGAUUUUGAGCGCAAAGCUAUUAAAAACAUCUUUUCAAAGGUAAAACAAGAUACCUUGGGUCCAGCAGCUCUCGCCAGGUGUCUGAUCGUCUACCCCUGGACGCUGAGGUAUUUUGGAAAAUUUGGAGACCUCUCCGAUGCCGCUGCCAUCAAGUCAAAUGCCAAAGUGGCCGAACAUGGGAAAACUGUCCUGCGGGCUCUUGUCAAGGCUCUGGACAACAUGGACAACAUCAAGGACACCUACAAAGACUUGAGCAUACUGCACUCUGAAACACUGAAUGUGGACCCCAGGAAUUUCACGCUGCUGGCUAAUUGUGUGACCAUCGAGGUUGCUGGACAGCUGGGUUCUACUUUCACCGCUGAGUUUCAUGCAGCUUUCCAGAAGUUCCUGGCGGUGGUCGUGGCCGCUUUGAAGAAACAGUACUACUAGAGAGCUUCAUCAAAACACAAUCCACAUGACUUAAUGUUCAGGUUGCAAUAAAGAAGGUGAACUGCAAAAAAA